AGGAUACAGGACAUGGCAUCACAAAGCAACAGCUCCUUUAUUCCAAUCUCUGAAUUCCUCCUCAUCUGCUUCCCUAACUUCCAGAGCUGGCAGCACUGGCUGUCCCUGCCCCUCAGCCUCCUCUUCCUCCUGGCCAUGGGGGCCAAUGCCACCCUCCUGAUCACCAUCCAGCUAGAGGCCUCUCUGCACCAGCCCAUGUACUACCUGCUCAGCCUCCUCUCCAUGCUGGACAUGGUGCUGUGUCUCACUGUCAUCCCCAAGGUCCUGGCCAUCUUCUGGUUUGACCUCAGGUCCAUCAGCUUCUCUACCUGCUUUCUCCAGAUGUUCAUCAUGAACAGUUUCCUCCCCAUGGAGUCCUGCACAUUCAUGGUCAUGGCCUAUGAUCGUUAUGUGGCCAUCUGCCACCCCCUGCGGUACCCAUCCAUCAUCACGGACCAGUUUGUGGUCAAGGCUAGUGUCUUCAUUGUGGCACGAAAUGCCUUUCUCACUGCACCCAUUCCUAUCCUCACUGCCCGGCUCCAUUAUUGUGGGAGAAAUGUCAUUGAGAACUGCAUCUGUGCCAACCUAUCUGUGUCCAGACUCUCCUGUGAUAAUUUCACCCUUAAUAGAAUCUACCAAUUUGUGGCUGGUUGGACCUUGCUGGGCUCGGAUUUCAUCCUCAUCUUCCUCUCCUACACCUACAUUCUAAGAGCUGUGCUUAGGUUCAAGGCUGAGGGGGCUGCAAUGAAGGCUCUGAGCACAUGUGGCUCCCACUUCAUCCUCAUUCUUUUCUUUAGCACCAUCCUGCUCGUUGUGGUGAUGACAAAUGUGGCCAGAAAGAGAGUCCCCAUGGACAUCCUGAUUCUGUUCAAUGUCCUUCAUCAUCUAAUUCCUCCUGCCUUGAACCCCAUUGUAUAUGGGGUUCAAACCAAAGAGAUAAAACAUGGAAUUCAGAAAUUGCUGCAGAGAAGCAUGUGA